GUUUCCCUCAAUUCCUCACUCUGCAGAUUCAGAUUCCCUCUUCCACUCCACACUCCAUUUCAUCUACCAAUCAAAUUCUCCCGCCCUCACUCACUCUCUCGUCCGCCAUGGCUCCCUGCGAGAUCGACUCUGAAGCGAACUCUCGCGAAUGCGAUCCCAUUGACGACGACGACGAAGAAAUUACGCCAAUCGAACAGGUUCGUCUCACAGUCUCGACAGAAGACGAUCCUUCGAUCCCCGUAUGGACCUUCCGGAUGUGGUUUCUUGGAUUGAUUUCUUGUGUACUCCUCUCGUUUCUGAACACUUUCUUCGGCUACCGUACAGAGCCGCUCGUCAUUUCGAUGAUCUCCGUUCAGGUUGCGACGCUGCCGAUCGGAAGGUUUAUGGCGAAUGUUCUUCCGACGACGAAGUUUCGGAUCCCUGGAUUUGGAGACAGAGAGUUCUCGCUUAAUCCAGGACCGUUCAAUAUGAAAGAACAUGUCCUGAUUUCGAUUUUCGCUAAUGCCGGUUCUGCUUUCGGAAACGGCGCCGCUUAUGCAAUCGGAAUAGUCGAUAUUAUAAAGGCGUUUUAUCACCGGAAAAUCUCGUUCUUAACCGGUUGGAUUCUUGUUAUAACGACGCAGGUUAUGGGAUAUGGAUGGGCCGGUAUACUGCGGAAAUACGUUGUGAAUCCUGCACAUAUGUGGUGGCCGAGCAGUCUGGUGCAGGUCUCUCUGUUCAGAGCCAUGCACGAGAAAGAUGAAAGCCGGAUGUCAAGAGGCAAAUUCUUCUUGAUUGCACUGAUAUGCAGCUUCUCUUGGUACGUAGUCCCAGGUUAUCUCUUCCCAACUCUGUCAACCAUCUCAUGGGUGUGCUGGAUUUACCCCCGCUCCGUCACAGCCCAGCAGCUCGGCUCUGGCAUGCGCGGCCUCGGCCUCGGCGCCUUCUCUCUCGACUGGUCCGUCAUUGCCUCUUUCCUUUACAGCCCUCUUGUCAGCCCCUUCUUCGCCAUUGUCAAUGUUGCCGUCGGCUACCUUGUCAUCAUGUACAUUUUGCUCCCAAUUGCCUACUGGAAGAUCAAUCUCUACAAUGCCAAAAACUUCCCCAUCUUCUCCUCUCAUCUCUACAACGCCCAAGGUCAGAUUUAUAACGUGUCCGCCAUUGUGAAUGACAAGUUUGAGAUUGACAUGGCGGCUUACGAGAAGCAGGGGAGGAUCAAUCUCAGUGUGUUCUUUUCACUUUCAUAUGGCAUUGGUUUUGCUGCUAUCGUUUCUACACUCUCUCAUGUUGCCCUGUUCAAUGGAAAGGAAAUAUACCAACAGUUCCGGGCUUCUUAUAGAAGUAAAGAAGAUAUUCAUACAAAAUUGAUGAAGAAGUAUAAGGAUAUACCCGCUUGGUGGUUCCACAUGCUUCUUUUUUUGUCCAUUAUUUUGGCCCUUGCAUUGUGUAUUUUCAUGAAAGAUCAGAUCCAAAUGCCGUGGUGGGGACUCAUCUUUGCUGCGGUUCUUGCUUUGACUUUUACCCUGCCCAUCAGUAUCAUUACUGCCACUACCAAUCAGUCCCCAGGGCUGAACAUAAUCACGGAGUACCUGAUGGGUAUUAUAUUACCAGGAAGACCAAUAGCCAAUGUCUGCUUCAAGACAUACGGAUAUAUAAGCAUGACACAGGCAGUCUCCUUUCUUAAUGACUUCAAGCUCGGCCAUUACAUGAAGAUACCACCCAUUUCUAUGUUCAUUGUUCAGUGCGUAGGAACUCUGGUGGCCGGGACAGUGAAUAUGGGAGUAGCCUGGUGGCUACUGAUCUCCAUAGAAAACAUCUGCCAGGACCAAAUCCUUCCUCCCAACAGCCCGUGGACCUGCCCGGGUGACCGAGUUUUCUUCGACGCUUCUGUAAUUUGGGGCCUCGUCGGUCCCAAGCGAAUCUUCGGCUCCCUCGGUAAUUACGCCGCUCUCAACUGGUUCUUCAUCGGCGGCGCUAUUGGCCCCUUCUUGGUUUGGCUUCUUCAAAGGACCUUCCCCAAACACAAAUGGAUCUCCCUCAUAAACCUUCCCGUCCUCCUCGGCUCCACCGCCGCCAUGCCGCCGGCCACCACCGUCAACUUCAACUGCUGGAUUUUAGUCGGUACUGUCUUCAAUUUCUUCGUUUUCCGGUACCGGAAACAGUGGUGGCAGAGGUAUAACUACGUCCUCUCGGCGGCGCUGGAUGCUGGAUUAGCGUUCAUGGGAGUGCUCCUGUAUUUCACUUUGACUAUGGAGGAUCGAAGCGUGAGUUGGUGGGGCGCCGAUGGCGAGCACUGUGAAUUGGCGACUUGUCCGACGGCUAAAGGUGUUGUAGUUGAUGGUUGUCCUGUUUUCUGACAGUCUUUAUGUUCGAUUUUUACAUCACAUUCUUAUUUUGUUAGUGUUAAUUGUUGAUCCAAUGUUCUCUAUGUGAAAAUGUUUUUCUUCUUGUAUGUUACAUUUUUAAUUGUAUCUUAAAUAGAUUAUUUGCGAA